AUGACGACCGAAAUGAACAUGAAAAAAUUAGGAUAUGGGCCGCUAUCUGUGCAUUUAGAAAAUGAGCAAAGGGUGUAUUUUACAGCAGAGAACGUAAGUCAAAGAGCUGCUCAGCCACCAUCUACUACAUUAACAUCUACUACAUUUGAGAUAUGUCAAAACGAUAAUUUUGCACAAACACUGCUAUAUUCUGAAAUGCCAAAAUACUAUACUUGGAAUAAAUCUUCAAAGAGAUUUAUACGACGGAAAAAAGAAAAACCAGUACCAGGAUACCCAGAUGUAUAUUCCACCGAUGCGAUUGGUCGAAUUUAUUCAGUACAUCCAAGCAAUAAUGAAUGUUUUUAUUUACGACUGCUAUUAGUCAAUGUACGUGGCCCAACAUUAUUCCAACAUUUACGAAAUGUUGAUGGUGAAUUGUGUGGAUCCUACAGAGAAGCCUGUCAACGUUUACAAUUGCUAGGAAAUGACGCUCCUUGGGAUCAAACUCUCAGUGAUGCUGUAAUAUCUUCACACGCUCAUCAAAUACGAACAUUGUUUUCUAUAAUCAUAUUCACAUGCUUUCCAUCAAACCCAAUUGAUUUGUGUAUCAAGUACAAAGAUAACAUGUGUGAUGAUAUUUUGUAUCAAAUACGCAAUAGAAUGGGAAGUCCAAAUAUGCAAAUCAAGUUGCACAGAGAAAAACUGUAUGAUCUCAACAAUUUGAAAGAAUUAAUCGAAACAAAUCUUCCACUGUUGAAUGAACAACAGAGGUAUGUAUUUGAUACUCUUAUGAAAGUAACAAAUGAUGGAACUGGGGGGAUUUACUUCUUAGACGCACCUGGUGGUACAGGAAAAACUUUGAUUUCAUUAAUAUUAGCAACAAUUUGCUCACAAAAUAAAUUUGCACUUGCACUCGCUUUAUCGGGAAUCGCAACUUUGCUCGAAGGUGGUCGAACAGCCCAUUCAGCACUAAAAUUGCCAUUAAAUAUGCAAAGCAAUGAAACUCCAACUUGCAACAUCUCGAAGAACUCUGUAAUGGCUAAGGUUUUGCAGCAAUGUCAAUUGACCGUUUGGGAUGAAUGCACGAUGGCACAUAAAAAAUAUUUGGAGGCUUUAGACAAAACCUUAAAAGAUCUACGCAGCAAUCACCGAUUUGGUGGUGCAAUGAUUUUAUUAGCAGGAGAUUUUCGUCAAACAUUGCCAGGGAUUCCACGAUCAACGCCAGCUGAUGAACUCAACGCAUACCUAAAGUCAUCCAAUCUGUGGAAAUAUGUCAAAGUACUUCACUUAAGCAAGAAUAUGCGUGUUGAGUUGCAAAUAAGCCAAUAUGAAAAACAUAUUCUCUAA